AUGUGCAGUCGUAUGCUCCAAGCCCUUUGCUGUUGGACCGUUCACCCACGGCAGCAAAAGUCCCAUGGAAAUACUUCAACCUUAUCGCUUUCAGCGGGCAACGGCCUCGGAAUGAUUCCUGGUAGCACGGAUAACAGUAACACCCUGAAUCCAGCCUUGCACGUCGCCAUCCAGACCCAUCUCGCCCGGAUUUCAACCGAAGAAAAGCUUUUAUUCCUGGAAGAGACGAAAUCAUUCAGCCAACAAGAUCUUUUUGCACGCAUCAGAGCUUUCGAUAAUUUCUAUCAGAGUGAUUCUGAUUUCCGACCACGAGCUGCGAAGAUUACCACUUUCAUAGAGUUUCUGGAGCGAUUUGUGGCGGGAGUCUCGAUUGCUAUUCAGAGCGAUCCGAUCAUCGCUUCGAUCGUGGUAGGUGGGACGCUUUUCGUUUUGCAAAGCGCACUGCGGUUCACAACCUAUUUCACCAAGUUGGUAGACAUGCUCGAGCGACUGAGUGAUUACCUCAGCCCCUUAGCUGAGUAUGCGAGAAUUCAAGUACCUUUGGUUCAAAAUUGCACCGCCGCCGUUUAUGUCGAUCUGCUCGCCUUCUACAAAGAUGCACGCCGCAUUUUUGUUGGCUCCGGCGGCAAUCAUCGAACCCCACUGGAAUUGUCAUCUCUGACAUUUGUCCGCAGUCAAUGGAAGCCAUUCGAAACGAAUUUUGGAACCAUAGAACAAAAUCUCAAGCAUCAUCUUAAUGUCCUUCAACACGCGGCUGGAGUUAUGGAGCUUCAUACCGUUCAUGAGCUUAAGUCAAGUUCGGAGGCAUAUCAGAUCUACAUCAGAAAAAAGGCCUCUUAUGAGAAUCAAGAAGCCUUUAUCAAUUGGCUAUCUGGGGCGGACUGUGAGCCAAAACACAUUGAGAUUGCCGCGAAAAGGCAUCCUGGAACCUGUGACUGGAUCCUUCACCGGCAAGAAUUUAUUGAAUGGUCACAGGCCCAAGGAUCUGCCAUUAUGUGGUGUGGAGGAAACCCUGGGACUGGCAAGACUGUUCUCGCGUGA